AUGUGGCUGGUGGUGUUGUGGUCUGGAUAUCUCUCUCUUCCUGCCUCUCUGAGUGUCAGUCCUGACAGAUAUCAGUUCUUUGAAUAUGAGUCUGUCUCUCUGAGCUGUGAGGUUCAGGGGAACUCUGCUGGAUGGAGAGUGGUGAGGAACCCAGAGAGAGGAAUCCUUUCAGAGUGUCAUACUACCUGGGGAAAACAACAAGGGUCUUCAUGCAUCGUGUCACUAAUACCAUCAGACAGUGGAGUGUACUGGUGUGAGUCUGGGUCUGGAGAACAGAGCAAUACUGUCAACAUCACAGUACCUGAUGGAGCUGUGAUCCUGGAGAGCCCUGUCCUUCCUGUGACUGAGGGAGAUUCUGUGACUCUGCGCUGCAGAUAUAAGAGAAUUCCCUCUGACCUCACAGCUGAUUUCUACAAAGAUGGAUCCCUCAUCAGGACUGAGACUACAGGAGAGAUGACCAUCCCUGCAGUAUCCAAGUCAGAUGAAGGACUCUACAAGUGUACCAACUCUGAAGGAGAAUCAUCAGAGAGCUGGAUGACUGUGACAGGUGAGAAUAUGAGAAGCCUUGACAUUCAGAUUAUCUGGUUCUUCUUUACACUCCAAUCAGCAUUCAGGUAUACGAUAUUGGCCCCUGGGCCUUAA